AUGGGACUUUGCUGCAGCAACCCAGAGUUUUCAUUCUCGAAAAGUGGGCCUCUAUACCCUAAUAAUUACAGCCUAUUGAUUCCCUAUCAUGAUCAUAAAGCUCAAAGGAUAUUUAAAAAACAAGUUUCAUGCACGCUAACAUUCCCGGUGCAUGAAUAUUCAAAAGUAAGUAACUUAGGAAAUCAAGAGAUUUCCAUAACAGGCUGCGUAUUGCCAGGGAUGGAUCCAUCCCAGGUUUAUUAUAAAGAAUGCCAAGACAAUUUUGUCUGUAUCGUUACCCCCGAUUUCAUUAUUUCCGUGCUUUUAGAUGGCCAUGGAAAACAUGGAAAACUAGUAUCAGAACAUUGUAAAAAACACAUCGAAACAUAUUGCAAAAAUAAACUAUACAAAAUUCAAGAAAACCCAGCAAAGUAUGUCGAAAAAAUUAUAUUAAAUUGCGACAGAAACCUAAAUUCAUCAAAAAUUGACACAAAUUUAUCAGGAACCACAGCCGUUGUUGUAUACUUUGGAUUGCAUUCGAUCCAUGUAUCAAGUGUUGGAGACUCACGUGCGAUAAUUGCUACACGCCCCUUGAGUAUCUGCAAAACCCCCAUAAAGACACUUCAAGCGGUUCCUUUAACUAUUGACCAAAAGCCAAACCAUGCAUCAGAAUUGAAAAGAAUUACAGAUUCUGGAGGCUUAGUGCAAAGAGCAAUAUCAAAAAAUGGCAAACAUAUAGGGCCUUAUAGAGUGUGAAUUAAAGGGCAAACACUUCCAGGUUUAGCAAUGUCAAGAUCAAUAGGUGAUAAGCUAGCAACUUCAGUCGGAGUUACUUCUAACCCAAUAAUUCAAACAUUCCCACACUAUGCAAAUACAGAUAAAUUUAUUGUUUUGGCUUCAGAUGGGAUUUGAGACGUCAUGACAAAUGAUGAAGUUGCUUUAUAUUUGGAAAAAUUUUCAAAACUUGCUAAUCCUAAAGGAUUAAGAGCACAAUUUCCAGUAACACCUGCAAAGGCAACAAUCGCAAGAUUACUGUGUGAGGAAGCUAGAAGAAGGUGGAUUGAAGUUGUUAAGAAAGAAAGCGUGCUUAUUGAUGAUAUAUCGUGCUUAGUUCUAGAAAUAGGAGAAGACAAAGAAGUUUUUAUAAAAAGCUUGCCUGAAAGAGUAAUAGAGAGUAGGAACAGCUUGGAUGAUAUUGAAGGAAGCGGAACUUUGGAUGUCUUAGAUUUUAGUAGAAACGACCCUAAUAGAGGAACUUCUGUUAAUAAAGAAGACAUAAAAGAAUUGUUAUUAUAA